UAACAUGUGUGAACACAGUAAUACACUGGUACAACAGGCUAUGAUGGUGAGUGAGGAGUUGAUACGAGUAGCUAUCCUAUGGCAUGAGCUAUGGCACGAGGGCCUGGAAGAAGCGUCAAGACUCUACUUUGGCGAGAGGAACGUCAAAGGGAUGUUUGCAGUCCUGGAACCGCUCCAUGCCAUGAUGGAACGUGGACCACAGACCAUGAAGGAAACAUCAUUCAAUCAGGCAUACGGUCGAGACCUGAUGGAAGCACAGGAGUGGUGUAGGAAGUAUACAAGAUCUAGGAAUGUGAAGGAUUUGACACAGGCAUGGGAUCUCUAUUAUCAUGUCUUCAGAAGGAUUUCUAAACAAUUGCCACAGCUCACCCAGCUUGAGCUCCAGCUUGUGUCUCCUAAACUCCUGAUGUGUCGAGACCUGGAGCUAGCUGUUCCAGGAACCUACGACCCUAACCGACCUGUCGCUAAGAUCCAGAGGGUCCAGUCAACGCUGCAAGUCAUCACAUCCAAACAGCGCCCUCGAAAGUUAAGCAUUUUCGGAAGUGAUGGUGCUGAGUUCAUGUACCUGUUGAAAGGUCAUGAAGACCUCAGGCAAGAUGAGAGGGUGAUGCAGCUCUUUGGACUCGUCAACACCCUACUUGCUAACAACCCUGAUACUUUCAGAAGACAUCUCAAUAUUCAGAGGUAUGCAGCCAUACCCCUCUCCACAAAUUCUGGUCUUAUUGGAUGGGUGCGCCAUUGUGACACACUUCAUACCCUCAUCAGGGAUUACAGAGACAAGAAGAAGAUUCUAUUAAACAUUGAACAUCGCAUCAUGUUGAGGAUGGCGCCAGACUAUGAGCACUUGACGUUGAUGCAGAAGGUUGAGGUAUUUGAGCAUGCUUUGGAUUACACCCAGGGUGAUGAUCUAGCCAAGCUGCUAUGGCUCAAGAGUCCUAGCUCAGAGGUUUGGUUUGAGAGAAGGACCAACUACACAAGAUCUCUUGCAGUUAUGUCCAUGGUAGGAUAUAUCCUUGGUCUAGGAGAUAGGCAUCCUUCUAACUUGAUGUUGGAUAGGUUAACAGGCAAGAUUAUCCACAUUGAUUUUGGAGAUUGCUUUGAGGUUGCAAUGACAAGAGAGAAGUUUCCUGAAAAGAUUCCUUUCAGAUUAACCAGGAUGCUCAUCAAUGCUAUGGAGGUGACUGGGAUUGAUGGCAACUACCGCAUCACAUGUGAGAGCGUAAUGCAGGUUCUUAGGGAGCACAAGGAUAGCAUCAUGGCUGUACUAGAAGCAUUCGUAUAUGAUCCUCUUCUAAACUGGAGAUUAAUGGAUACUCCCAAAGGAAAGAGAUCGAAGGCCAGAUCAGGAGCAUAUUCUACCAGCCAAACAGACCUACUUGAUGACAUGGACCUUGAGAUCCCCAAACAGAAGAAGGCUACUGGACAAGCUGAGUCUGUGCAAUCCCAGGAUGGGGAGCCAGGAGUCCAACCCGAGGCAUUAAACAAGAAAGCAAUUUCCAUCAUUAACAGAGUGAAAGAUAAACUCACAGGAUGUGACUUUUCAACCAACGAUCCUGUAGAUGUGCCCACACAGGUAGAGCUCCUAAUCCAACAGGCCACAUCUCAUGAGAAUCUAUGCCAAUGCUAUAUUGGAUGGUGUCCAUUCUGGUGAUAUGCAUUUGAAGAAAAAGACGAGUUACGAUCAUGUGCGAAGAGAACAAAUCCUUCUGCCUCGUUUCAUAACAUUUUCACAGGUCAAACGUAAUGACCUCUAUUGCACUGUGUAUGACUAGCUGUAAGUGUUGUAGAGCUUCAGUCUGUGGCACAACGAUUAGUGCUUAACUGUAAAAAUUACUUAUAAAACCACUAAAACACACAACAUGUACAGUUUAGCAUUACCAAAUUCAACAUUCUUGUGACCUCAGAAAUCUAUGUACCUUAGGAGAAAUUCAAAGACGUAAAUUAAUCAUGGUUGCAUAAUCCGGUUUGAAUAAUGUGUUUGACAGAGGUGAUUAUUGACUUAUUGUUGGUCAAAUAUGUAGACUUUUUAUGGAAUUUUAAUUAAUUUUUCAUGCAAACACAUGGUUGGAGGGCCCACAGAAAGAAAUUUUCACUACCGAAGCGACCGCCCUGUGUAGAUAAGAUAUUAUAUGACAGAACUUCUUCUCAAAAAAGAGGAGAAAGGAAAACUGAUUUCGGACUUCAUGGAAAUAUGUCAUGUAACGCUUUGUCCUGUGUAUUAUGGAUCCAAAGACUGGGAUCGUGUUUUAAAAAGGGUUUGUUAACCAUGAAGUGAUGGCAAUUUAAUCUGAAUAUCAAAUGAAAACAAUGAUUUCAAAAUCAAUAGACAGAGAAUUUUCUCUUUUUUUGUGAAAAGAAAAGAUUACUCGUGAAUGUUCGAAAUGAUGUACAUGUAUCUGCAACUUAUAAAAUUUAUUAAGUGGAGUCAUGCUCAAAGGCAAAUCCUGUCGCCUGUUCUUCUCCACUCCAUGUUCCAUUGUGGAUGAUAAAAUGCAUUAAAGGAUGGAGAAAUGCAUUAUGGGAUUGAAAGGGAGGAGGGGGCUUCUGGGCUUUGUUUUUGAAGAAGAAAAAAAACUUUUGUAAAAUAAUUCUUUUUUCAAUCAGACUCGUCAAACAUCUUAAAUUUUGGCUUAGACCAGAUAUUCUCAAUUAUUGUAGAAAGUGGCAUUUUUUGAAAUUUAAUUAUUACAAGUAUCCAUGGCAACUCUCUGCAAAAGUAUUGCUUGUGAGAAAUGUGCAAUCUACUUAUAUGUUGUUGCUCGGAAAGAGAAUCGGGAGAGAUACAUGUAGUUCAUGUGAAAAAGACAAAUGUAGCAUCAUACAUUUCAUCUUUACAUGUAGCACAGUGAAUGUGUACAGUAUUAUGGUGUCGCAUACGUGUACAGACACAGGUCAGGAAUUUCAAUGAGCUGUAUGGAAGCGAAUGAUUAGAGGGGCGUUGCCUUGUGUCUAGACAUUGGCCUGCCACUCUGAUCCUGGGUGGACUUCAGAGGUUCAAAUUCAUCAAACCAUAUGAAAUGAAAUGAUGCUGUUAAAAACAUGACUGUAUCUUUGAAAUUUUCCAAAUUUGAGAUUGGUAUCCAAGGGAGCUGUCAUGUUCAGCAUCAAGACAUGACAAUUAAAUUACAGUCUCAUUUUUGAAAUCUUGAACUUCUUUAGAAUGUUGCUGAAAUAUCAAAAUGAAACAUGUAUGUGAAUUAAUUUUUUAUGCUUUCUUGAUGGAAUGAAUUGAUUGGCUAAUGUGUAUAUCUUUAUUGAGCAAUGAAUAAAAUAUGGCAUAUACCCCAAA